AUGGUCUCGAGCAACAAGUUCGCGGCUCUAGCCCCAAUAGUUCGCGACAUUUGCAGAACUUCAGGCAUCCCAGGCAUCGCGCUCGGCGUUCUGCACGAAGGUGAGGUGGUUUACACAGCCGCAUACGGGUUCGCCGACGUCGAGAAGCAACUGCCCUGCGAUGAAGACACGACUUUCGUGCUGGGAUCCCUCACCAAGGCCAUGACAGCCGCGUUGGAUGUCCCGCUGAAGACGAUUCUGCCAGACUUCAACCGCUCCGACGCGUACGGCGACGCGACAAUCGCGGAUCUUCUCUGCCACCGAACUGGACUCGCCGCUCUGGAUUCUCUCUGGCUGGCUUCCGACAAUGUUCCUUUCCUCGCCAGAUCACAGGCCGUCCACAUUCUCAAUCAUGCGCCGGCCACCCACGCGUUCCGAAGUCACUUCGUCUACAACAACUUCGCCUACGAGGUGUUGGGCCAGGUCAUCGAGAAAGUGUCCGGGGCUUCGUUUGCCGACCUUCUCCAAGAUCGACUGCUCACUCCGCUUGGGAUGACGAGAACAUACUACACGGGCGAGUGCCGAGAAAACGAAGCAAAGCCCUACGCCGCACUUGAAAACGCGUCCGUUGUUCAGAUUGCUCCACCCCUCAAGGGCAAAGACGUCUUGAUGGGGGCAGCCGGGGGGAUUCGGAGCUCAGUCAACGACCUCCUCAGUCUCUACUCCGCCUUCAUUUCCCGUGCUCGCGACGAGAUGACAUUCUCCGAUUCGGAAGCCGGGCAGAAGAUUGACCAUCAGCCUCUUGAGGGUGUGUUGGACCUCUGGCAGGGCCACACUCUCUUGCCCUCACGUUCGCUGAGGGAGCGCUCAUAUGCCUAUGGCUGGGCUCGCACUCAACUCCCAGGAAUACUAUCACCAGGCGACAACGGCAAGUCUGAAUUGGACCCAAUGGUAGGCACUGGCGCCCCGUCUCGCCUAGCCCUCCAUCAUGGCGGAUCAAUUCCCGGCUUCAACACGUACAACGCUCUGUUCCCAGAAACCGGCAGCGCUGUCGUCGUAUUGUCGAACUCGCUGUCUCUCAACGGAGGAGUACGUUGGAUUGGGGAACUUCUCAUCGAAGCCCUGUUCAACAACCUCGACAAUGCUCAAGAUUACGGCAAACUGGCCCGCAUGUCAGUGGCAUCGAGUUUGGAACGACAUAUCAAUGUUAACAAGAGUCUCGCCGAUGGCCGAACAGCCAAAACACCCACUCGCCCUCUGGAUUCUUACGUCGGACGAUAUCUCAAUAGCAUCGGGAAUUUCUUCAUCGACGUGGAACACCACGAGGACUCUCUCUAUGUUUCGUACAUGGGUCGGGACGCUGAUACAUUCGAGCUAGUUCCGUACCAAGAAGACAGCUUUUAUUGGAGGCUAAGCUAUGAUGAUUGUGUCAAACUGGCCCGAGAAACUGGAUAUGAUAAGGAGUACUUCAUCAUCAGGUUUGGUUCGGAUGUUGCAGGAUCGGAUGUUACACAUCUCUGGUGGAGGCAUGAGUAUGACUUGCCAGAGCCAGGCGAGUCAUUUCACAAGAUCAAGGAGGAACUGGUACCGCCAAAGCCAAUACCUGGUGAACUCUAGCAUGUGUGAUUUUAACUCCUUUAUUGAUGCGCUGCCACGGAACCAUGAUGAGCAUCUUGUGGACAGUUUUAGGACGUGAGGGAUGUACGAUUCCGAUAGAACACGUCUCCGGCUAAGUUUUAAAAAAACUAAUACGAAAUAAUAUCCAAAGUAA